CGCUAGAGGGCGGGCUUUACGGAAUACAGGUAGGGGGAAAAUAUCACUAGCACACAUCCAGAACGUUCUAGACAUUCUAGAAGAGACAGCGGGGUAAUGGCAAGCGACAAGAGUUUUACUGACAGCUUUAUAGACGCGGACCCAGCGCGAGCUCUUGAGGAGCUGAACGUGGCUUUAGGUGAGAAGGCGGACCAUGCGGAAUGGCUGUGCCAGCGAGCAUAUGCACACAUCUUGUUAAAAGACUAUAACAGAGCAGCUGACGAUGCUAAGAAAGCACAGGAGCUUCAGCCUGGUAUGGCACUUGCAUUCUUGAGAACAGGAAUUGCAGAAUAUCAUCUUAACAACAUCAGUGCUGCCCACCAGGCCUUCACAGCUGGAAAAGGAGUUGAAGGUGCUAAUGAAGACUUUCAAACGUGGAUCAAGAAAUGUGAAGAGAAAAUGGCAACACAAGACCAAAACGGAACCUCGAAUUUGCAAACUGCAGCUCCACAUGUCAAACACGACUGGUACCAGACAGAAUCUCAAGUCACUAUCACCAUAAUGGUAAAAAAUGUCAUGAAGGAGGACGUCAGCAUCACAUUUAAGGAAAAAGAGUUGAAAGCAUCGUUGAAACUUCCAUCUGGAGAGGAUUACUGCCUAAAUAUCCACCUGCUACACCCUGUGGUUCCUGAGCAGAGCACAUACAGGAUCUUCUCCACCAAGGUUGAGAUAAAAAUGAAAAAGACGGAAGCCAUCCGAUGGGAAAAGCUGGAAGGCGAAGGCAUCCUUCCCAACUUGAAGCACUUUUCUCCCUCGCCAAACCAAUACCCGUCAUCCUCCCACUACACCCGCAACUGGGACAGGUUGGUGGGUGAUAUUAAGGAGGAAGAGAAGAAUGAGAAGCUAGAGGGAGAUGCAGCACUGAACAAGCUGUUUCAGCAGAUCUACUCUGACGGCUCCGACGAGGUCAAGAGAGCCAUGAACAAGUCCUUUAUGGAAUCAGGAGGCACAGUUCUCAGUACUAACUGGACAGACGUGGGAAAACGAAAAGUAGAGGUUAAUCCCCCUGAUAAUUUGGAAUAUAAACAAUAUUAAAGGAACUUGGCCUGCUGCUCUCAUCAGCCAUACAGUUCCAUAAUCACCUCACAGCCUCGUCCUUCACUCUGUUGUGUUCACAUUAUCUCCUCUUCACACGCUACGACUAACAGUCGCGGCGAGCACUUGUUUAUCGCUCAUAGUUAUUCGCCAGCGACACUGAAGAUCACUGAAGGACCACUUUCUGUUCAUUUAAACAUGUCCUACACCUGCGGUUUUUCUUUGCUUUUAUAUCGCGGGGAGAAUACAUUAUGAUGUGAAGAACAGCUUUUUAGAUCAUCUUGUCUCAAUCUGACAUCAUUCAACUUUCUGGAAUAUCACUCACCAGUCGUCAAGUAGCCGUGCAUCAGUAUACAAAUUGGCCAUUUUUACAAUGCAUCAUGAAUUGUGUUUUUCUUGAAUAUUAUCAAAACAUGCUGUAAAUAAAAAAACAAUUUCUUGGUCUGAAAA